AUGGCGACCGAGUUGACAGUCCAGUCCGAGCGCGCUUACCAGAAGCAACCACAUAUCUUCCUCAACCACAAGUCCAAGGCUGCGAAGAGCAGGAGGGUUGGUAAGGGUGGACGAAGAUGGUAUAAGGAUGUUGGAUUGGGCUUCAGGACGCCAAAGACCGCCAUUGAGGGAUCAUACAUCGAUAAGAAAUGCCCAUUCACCGGACAGGUCUCCAUCCGUGGCCGUAUCCUCACCGGCAAAGUCGUUUCAACCAAGAUGCACCGAACCUUGAUCAUCCGCCGAGAAUACCUACACUUCGUCCCCAAGUACGCCCGAUAUGAGAAGAGACACAAGAACCUCGCCGCACACGUUUCGCCGGCAUUCCGUGUUGAAGAUGGUGACACCGUUACCGUUGGACAAUGCAGACCUCUCAGCAAGACUGUCCGAUUCAACGUUCUGCGUGUGCUUCCCCGAACUGGCAAAGCUGUCAAGUCCUUCCAGAAGUUCUAG